AUGGACAAGGAGAUCGGUGCGGACGUCCACACCCACGAGGAACAGAGCGACCAGAAGCAACAGCUCGCCAAUCUCGCCAAUGCCGAAGACCACCAGCAGGGUAAAUGGCAAAGCAUCUGCCGUAACCCUCGGGCAUUCGCCUGGUGUAUGUACGCGGUGUGGACGGUGUUGCUCGUCAGCUUCGAGAACCAGGCAUCCGGCAACAUUCUGGGUAUUCCCGAGUUUCGCAAGGACUUUGGCUCCUUCUUCGACGGCAAUUGGGUCCUGAGCACGAAAUGGCAGUCCGCUUUCAGUGGUGCCCCGGUCGCCUCUCAAAUCGUCGGUUGCCUCGCCGCUGCCCAGAUUGCCGACGCGAUCGGCCGCCGGAACACCUUGAUCGGCGCCCUCGCGGUAUCCUUCAUUGCAAUCACAUUGGAAUUCGUUGCGACCACGAAUGAGAUGUUCUUCGGUGGCAAAUUCCUCAACGGGUUCGCCGUUGGUACCAUUCAAAUCGUGGCGGGUACUUACAUUGGCGAGAUUGUCCCCCUGCCGCUGAGAGGGUUGAUGACAUGCUUGAUCGCCCUCGCCUACACGGUCGGUCCAUUCACCGUCUCUCUGAUCGUCAACAGCACCGGAACAUUCACCAACCGCUGGGCCUACAGAGCCGUCUUCUGUAGCCAGUAUGGCUUCGCCGCCGUUUCGGCCAUUUUCGUGUGGUUCAUGCCCGAGUCACCGUGGUGGCUGGCGGGCAGGGACCGCAAGGAACAGGCUCUGCGAAGUCUGCACCGCUUGGGCUACAGUGCCACGUCGGGUGAAGACGUCAAACGCUUGGCCAACAUCCAGGUCACCCUCGAGGAGAUCCGGAGAGAAACUGAGGGUGCGACCUACGCCGAGUGCUUUCGCAGGUCCAAUCUUCGACGCACCAUUGUCUCCAUUGCCCCUCUGUCCGUCCAAAUGUUUACGGGAAUCGUCUUUGCCGCUUCGUAUUCGACAUAUUAUGCUCAGCUGGCCGGAUACAGCACUUCAAUGUCCUUCAAGUUGCAAAUCGUCCAGCAAGUCAUAUCCAUGGUCGGGAACAUCAUGUCGUGGUAUCUCAUCGACAAAGUCGGCCGUCGUUUCCUGACGGUCUACGGCACGGCCGCACUCACCGUCAUCCUGUGGAUCAUGGGUGGUCUCGCCGUGGUCGGGACUCCUGUCGCACUCAAGGGGACCGUGGCCAUGAUUUUGGUAUACUGCUGGCUGUACAAUGUGACCAUCGGCGCGACGGCAUAUACACUGCUCACCGAGGUCGCCACCGCUCGUCUUCGAGCAAAGACCAUCGCCAUCGGUAUCGCAUUUCAGAGCUGUUGGGGGAUCAUGUGGUCCUUUGUCCUCCCGUAUCUUUUCAACCCAGACAAGGCCAAUCUCGGGGGCAAACUCGGCUUCAUCUUUGGCGGGCUGUCAUUUCCUUGUAUCGCCUUCCUUUGGUGGUAUCAACCCGAGACCCGUAACCGAAGCUAUGAGGAGCUGGACGAAAUGUUUAUGAAACAUGUCCCAGCCAGGAAGUUUGACACAUAUGUGACGGAUGUGCAGACCAGGGGUGAGGAGGCCCAGAGAAGAGCGUCCGCUUAA